AUGGCGUACGAGCACCUGUGCGCGGCGCUCGUGCGCGAGGUUCGCAGCGCGCGCGCACGCGAGGGCGACGCGACGUCGAGCGAUUCGAUCGCGAGCGACGACGACGACGCCGCGGUCGAGGACGACCUCGAGCGCGUCGGCGCGCGCGUCGGGCACGGAUUAGCCCACCUCGCGUGCGCGCGCGCCGAUCCGACGCACGACGACCAAGGCGCGAUGACGCUCCUGUGCAAGGAGUUUUGGCAGGCGACGCACGCGAAACGCGCCGACGCGCUUCGGACGAACAAUCGAGGCACGUUCGUCGUCCACGACGACGCGUUCGCGCCGAUGCGCUGCGUUCCCGCGCGCGACUCCUCCGUGGGCGCGGACGGGCGCGAGAUCGGGCGCGACGCCCGCGCGCUCUUGGCGUUUCACGCCGGCCACGUCCGCGGCGCCGCCGCCGCGCUCGGCGCCCGCGUCACCGCCCGCGGCGAGUUUCGCGACGCCACCGCCGUUGGGGUCGAUCGACGCCGGCCCCGUCGCGCGCUCGGUCGCCUCGACGCCCCCGCGG